CAAACUUCUGAAAUCCCAAAUGCAACCAAAUCGAGAUCAGUGUUGCGUAACUCAAUCAUUAGACCCAUUUAAUGUAAUGUUCUUCUCUCCAAAACGAAUACCGUCUCCUCUUCCGCCCACGCCCACCGUCGCCAUGCCUCUGUUUCUCUGUUUCUCUCUAAGAACUUCUUCUUUCUCUCUCUAGAUUCAUAUUACACACGCUGAUAACACAACACAAGCAAGCCGUUUUACAGGCAUGCGAUUCCGCGUAGUGAAAUUCCGAAUUUGACCUGAAGAAAGCGCCAAAUUUCAAUGGCGGUUGUCACCGGAGAUCGGUACCUGGAGAAGCUGGUCCACUUCGUGGAGCAACAAGCCGGUUCUUUGAUCGACGGAAGCCUAGUGCUCAAGCUGAACCCGGCGGGCUUCCACUACGUGAACUCGCGGCUCGAGGCCCUUCUUGAGCUCGAGAGCCUCCUGGCCGGCGCUCCCGUCGACUAUCUCCGAGCCUACGUCUCUGACCUCGGCGACCACCGAGCGCUCGAGCAGCUUCGGAGGAUUCUCAGGCUCUUGACCUCCCUCAAGGUCGUUUCGGUAUUGCCGCCUCCGGCCAGAGACCCUACGCCGCUUUCGUUUUGGCCGUUUGGCAGGCUUAGGGUUUUGGAGCUUCGAGGAUGCGAUUUGUCCACCUCCGCCGCAAAAGGCUUGCUCGAGUUGAGGCACACCUUGGAGAAGAUCAUUUGUCAUAAUUCUACUGAUGCUCUGAGGCAUGUGUUUGCGAGUAGAAUUGCAGAGAUAAAGGACUCACCGCAAUGGAACCGCUUGUCAUUUGUCUCAUGUGCUUGUAAUGGCUUGGUUCUCAUGGAUGAGUCUUUGCAACUUCUUCCUGCUGUUGAAACUCUUGACCUAAGCCGAAACAAGUUUGCAAAGGUUGAUAAUCUUCGCAAAUGUGUCAAAUUGAAGCACCUGGACCUUGGUUUCAAUCACCUCAGAACAAUUUCGUCAAUUAGUGAGGUCACCUGUCAUAUACUUAAACUUGUUUUGAGGAACAAUGCUCUAACUACAUUGCGUGGGAUUGAGAAUUUGAAGUCACUUGAAGGGCUUGAUGUUUCCUACAAUAUCAUUUCCAAUUUUUCAGAGUUAGAAUACCUGGCUGGACUCCCAGCUCUACAAAGCUUGUGGUUGGAAGGGAAUCCAUUAUGUUGCGCCCGUUGGUAUCGGUCACACGUAUUCAGCUACCUCACUAAUCCAGAAAAAUUGAAGUUAGAUGAUAAGGAAAUCAGUACCAGAGAAUUUUGGAAGAGGCAACUUAUUAUUGCCAGCCGGCAAAAGCGACCUGCCAGCUUUGGGUUUUAUUCUCCUGCAAAGUGUGAUCCUGAAGGAGAAUCAAGUAUCAACAGAAGAAGGAAAAAGGUAUCACGUCUUGCUUCUAUUGUGAAUGAAGAAGAGAGCACAUAUCUAUGUUCUGACCAGGAGUCUGUGUCUUGUGACAAUGAGAUUCAAAGCAGAGAGGAAAUUGUGAUGUCUGAUGAUGAAGCUGAAAUUGUUGAUUUAAUGACUAGAGUUGAGCAAAUGAAGAAAGAGCGAUCUGUUCUUUGGUUGCGGGAGUUCAAGGAAUGGUUGGAUCAUGCUUCUGAGAAUAUUGCAGACAGCAGUAGAUAUAGUGGGGAUACGUUGCACGCCGAGAGGGAAAAUUAUAUCAAAUCCAAGGCUAGCUGGACCCAGCUCGGUGAAAAAUCAAGAUAUGUUUCAGACUAUGUUCAAGCAUCAGGAGAUGAGAGUAGUACAAAUGUUUUAGAAUCAGAUAGGUCCUUCUUGGAUGUAACUACUGGUUCACAUGCCCGUCACUUUGACCAAACUGGUUCAAUGGGGAAUGCUGGUGGGGUCAGCCCAGUUGGUAUCAAUAGUAGAUAUCUUAAGGAGAAUGUAAAAGUUUAUUCUCAUGAAGGGAAUAGUACUGUCAGUGCACAAACUAAAAGUUCCGAUGCUCACUCAUUCACCACUCAAAGAAGUUACAGGAUGGUCGAAAAUUUGAGCAUGUCUGCAUUGUCUGUCAUUGAUGAUAUUUCAGAGUCUUAUUCAUUGUCUGCUUUCCCAGGAUCACCACCUCAUUAUCAAGAGGAUAUUCUUCACCGUCGCCAUAACUUAGAGGAGGAAAUUUUACAGUUAUCCGCAGAGUCCUAUUCAGUGGCAUCAUCUGAUAGUAAUACCAGCUGCAGCGAAGAUGAUAAUAGUGAAUCUAAGCAGUCAGCUCCUGAAGUUCAUCACUUACUGAAUGAGAACUGGUUGAAUAAGAAUUCUGAAGAACACCCAUAUUCAGAUUGUUUCAAGUAUUAUGGCAUAAAACAUGAGGUUCCUCAUGCAAGAGAAAAUGACAAACAUUUAGUUGGAAAAUGUGUAGACCAAACAUCCAGUAUGCAGGAAUUUUUAAACAUGGACCACUCUUUGCAAUCAUCAAUCAAUGAUGUUCAUGCUGCUGCCCAUGAUGUUGAAAAUGCUCAUUGCAUUAAUGAAGAGGGUGAUUUGUUGGAGAGGAGAAAAGGCAGACAGAAAACUAAAAGAAGAGUUGUUGCUCUACUAGAUGAUGAAAACAUGAUAAGGCAGGCAGAACCAUCACCCAAAUUAAAUGGCAAUCUAGAUAAUCAUGUAGCACAAGUGGAAAAUAAGCAAGAGAAGCAACAUUUUUACAGGGGUGAUUUCCACGAAAUCAUUGAUGAGAAACAGAUGCUGGAAAAUAGAAGUAAUAUCCCACUAAUUGAUUAUGCUAAUGGAUCUUCUGGGGCUGAAUGCCUGUCUUCAGGAAUUGAUGAUUUUAUUGAGAGUUAUUUCAAUACAAAUGUUGCAGAUUUGGGAAAUCAUGAGAUUAGUAAGCAGUGUAUGUGUUGUUGUUGUAUACUUGAGCUGGAUUCUCUUCAGAGAGAAAGAGAAGUUGCUGUUUUACUUAGCAGUGAAAACAAGCUGUAUGUGCUACUCAUUGGUGUUGCAGGCGAUGAGUCAGGCACUAUUUUAAAUUUACAGGGGUGCCACAAGGUUGAGGACAUCAGCGAGGUUGUAGUUGGUAUAGGGCUCCAUGUUGUCAGGGUGUAUGUGGAAGGGAGCGCAUACCUGUUUAAAACCAGAAGCAUUGAUAAAUCAAGACAAUUACUUUCUAUUUUAAAAGUUAUUGAUUCUUUUGCUCCAAAUGAUGAAUUUUGUUUAAGAAGUUUGGAGCAGGUUCAGGUUGAGUUGUUUGAGAAACACAUAUGUGGAGGUUCAAAAGUGAGCAUAUUCCAGUAUUCUAUGGUGCAGUUUUGGUGUAGUUAUAAUGAAGGUGAAUCAUGGUUUUCAAGAUCAUUAUUUGUGGCUGGAGAGCAUGUAUUUGUGUGCUUUGAAGACCUUAUGCAGUUUAGAUCUUUAUCUGCGGCUGCAUCUUUGCCACCAUAUUUUUCACUUGAUUUGUGUUGCUCUAUUACUGGACUGUAUUUCCAGGUUGUUGAUGUCAGGGAAAGUCGGCGUGUAACCUUAGCUGUUGAGUGUGCGAUGUCGGAGUUCUGCCCCUCAGGCUCAGCCAAAAUUGACAAUUUAGAGACAAGUGUAAAUGAGAAGAAGAUAGCUCCAGGCUCAAUGACGUGGAAGCUCCAGUGGUUUUCCGACGAGAGUCCUUUCAAGUUUGUGGCAUUGCUGAAGGCAAUCCAUGCAGGGAUGACUGUUUCUCCUUUGCUUGUAAGAUGUAUAUCAUGAAUGGAGCCUUUUCUUUAACCCCCACCUACGGUUUUGUUAGUUUUAUAUUCAUUUCAUUCUUUUGAUUGUUUUUAUUUCUCCCAUUUAGUUUGUUUCCCUGCCAGCUGGUAAAAUCUUGGGAAAUUGGUGGCUUUGGCAUCGGCUUGACUAAAUAUUGUAAAAUGACAACUUUUUUUUAACCUUAUAAAUAUGGCGGCUAUAAAUA